CAGUGGGAUGAGACUCUCACUGGUAAGUUGUUAGAGAGGUGGCAAUUGCUUGUGAAAGAGUUUGUAAGUUGCCUGCCUAUCAGAAUUCCACGGUGCUACACUCAGUCAUUAGAUGAUGUAGAGAGUUUUCAACUAGUGGGAUUUUGUGAUGCAUCAUCUGUAGCAUAUGCUGCAGUAGUGUAUUUAAGAAUGAGAAGUGGUGAAAUGACUAUCACUAGACACUUGCUUCCAAGACUAGAGUAGCUCCAAUACAGACCCAGACUAUACCCCGGUUAGAAUUAUUGGGAGCUCUCCUUUUAUCUAGACUUAUUGGAACUAUAACUAAUAGCCUGGGUAUGGAAUUGUCUCUUGUAAGGCCAGUCUGCUAUACAGACUCCCAGGUAGCUCUUUUCUGGAUUAAAGGUAUUGAUAAAGACUGGAAACCCAUUGUCCAUAACCGUGUCACUCAAAUAAGAAGUCUAGUUCCAAUUAGCUGCUGGAGACACUGCCCUGGCAAGGACAACCCAGCAGAUCUGCCAUCCAGAGGUAUAUCACCUGCUGAUUUAGGGGAAUGUUCAUUGUGGUGGAAUGGACCACCUUGGUACAGUUGUGAAAUAGGAGAUCAUACCUUGAUACCUCCAGACAUUCCCUCAGAUUGUGUAUCAGAGUUAAAAUCACAACAACAGAAUGAGUGUGGCUUACUCGUAAUUGAGAAAUCAAAUAUUGCCACUAUAAUGAAUAUUAAUAAUUAUAGAAAUUUGACUAAAUUAUUGAAAGUUACAUCAUUGUUGAUACUGUUUAUUUACAAAUUAUCGAAAAGAGUAAUUGAUGGAAGUACUAAGUCACAAGCCUUGAUUGAGGCUGAACAACUCUGGCUGUUAGAAGUGCAAGAUGCACUGGUAAUAAGAAAGGAUUUCCAAUCCUUAAAGAAACAGUUGGAUUUGUUUUGUGAUGAAAGGGGUAUUUGGAGGUGUGGUGGAAGAAUCAGUAAUUCUGACUUCUCCUAUGCCACCAAACAUCCAAUAGUACUGCCUAGAGAGCACCCUUAUACCUUGCUCACCAUUAAAGCAGCUCAUGCUAGAGUCUUUCAUAAUGGAGUCAAGGAAACCUUGACUGAGCUGAGAGCAAAGUAUUGGGUAGUAAAGGCUAGACUGUCUGUAAAGACUGUGAUUUCUAGCUGUAAUUUAUGUCGAAGGUAUGGAGGUUUAGCCUAUAAAGCUCCACCUCCUCCUCCUCUCCCUUCAUUUAGGGUAACCGAGCAUCCCCCAUUUAGUUAUACAGGGGUGGAUUAUGCCGGUCCCUUGUAUGUGAAACCUGAUUACCCUGCACAAGCCCGUUGUGAACAAAAAGUUUGGAUUUGCUUAUACACUUGUUGUAUAACAAGGGCUGUGCAUAUUGAUAUUGUGUCUGAUUUAUCUACUCCUUCUUUUCUUAGAUCUCUGAAGCGUUUUAUUUCUAGGAGAGGACUACCACUUCGUAUGAUAUCUGAUAACGGAAGUACAUUUAAGGCAGCAGCUCGAGUAUUACAGAAAAUUGUGACUGAUGAUUCCGUCUCUGAGUACUUAACUGGAAUGAAGAUAGAAUGGUCGUUUAAUAUUGAGAAGGCUCCGUGGUGGGGAGGGAUAUUCGAGAGAAUGAUUGGGCUAACUAAGAAGUGUCUCCGCAAAACUAUUGGUCGUGCUAAAUUUACUUAUGAUGAACUACUUACAGCAGUGACAGAGAUAGAAUCUGUACUUAAUUCUCGCCCUCUCUCUUACAUAUCCUCUUCAGAUUUGGAGGAACCACUGACUCCCUUUCAUUUAUUAGUUGGACGACGAUUGUCUAAUUUGCCGGAUCAGUUGUGUUACCGUCGUGUUACUGAAGAAUAUACUCCUGAAAGCUCAUCGAUUAUUCUCAAUAAAAGGUUACAACACUUACAUCUAACUCUAGAUAAGUUUUGGUCUAGAUGGAAAUUAGAAUACAUUCUCAACCUUCGUGAGAGAUAUAAUAAGCAAAGACAACGUUGUCAUUCCAAAGAAGUUAAGAUUGAUGAUAUUGUCAUUAUUCAUGAUGAGAACACUCCUAGAGGAUUCUGGAAAUUAGGGAGGAUCAAGGAGUUAAUAGUUGGUAGAGAUAAGGAGAUUCGAGGAGCAGUUGUGUGUGUACUCUCUCGUAAUAAGGCAUCACUCUUAUGCCGACCCAUUCAACACUUAAUUCCCCUUGAAAUUCAUGUUGAUGAAGGUGAUAUCUCAACUAAUAUGGAGCAGAGUGUCUCAACUUCAGUUCCCAUAGAAAUGAAUGAGGCUCAAGUAGAUAUGGAGACGACCACCGACGAAGAGGAAAUAUUGCCUGAAUCGACUCCUGUAAUUAGAGAUCGUCCUAAGAGAGCUGCCUCCAUUGAAGCGAGAGACAAGAUCAUUGCGAGAUUGUACUGAAAUUAACCAAGUACUAAGUUUAUUAUUGAUGUGUGUAUUACUUAUUAUUAUUGUAUAGUGCAAUUAUGUGGGUUGACUGAGUAGUCAACGGUGGGGAGGAUGUCGUGAAUUAAAUGUAUUAUCAUUUAUUAUUCAUAGUUAAUUUGUGUGUGGUACUGCGCAUGCUCAGUACUUAUUAUUGAUUUUGAGAAGAAGAGAAGUUUUUAGACAGUUGUCAAAGUGAAGUACA